UUUUUCUUUUGGUUCUGUCUCAUCAGAAAUAUGGAAGAACUGUUGAAGGAUUUUGAAGUGCAGCCGAAAAACUCGUCGGAGGAGGCAUUACGGCGGUGGAGAAAGCUCGUUACAAUUGUUAGGAACCCUCGCCGGAGAUUUCGUAUGAUCGCGAAUCUCGAAAAACGAUCCGAAGCUGAGCAGCAGAAGAUCAAAAUAAAGGAGAAAAUUCGAGUUGCUCUUCUUGUUCAGAAAGCGGCUAUAAAGUUUACUGAUGCUGCUGGUCCACAUGAUUACAAGCUUACCGACGAGGUUAGAGAAGCAAACUUUGGAAUUGAACCAGAUGAACUUGCUUCUAUUGUUCAUGGCCAUGAUUUUAAGCGCUUAAAGUUGCAUGGGGGAGUUGAAGGGAUUGCUGAGAAAGUCACAGUCUCCCUUGAUGAAGGUGUCCGUUCGGAAAAUGUAUCUACUAGGCAAAAGAUUUAUGGCUUCAACCGGUACACUGAGAAGCCUCCAAGAAAUUUCUGGAUGUUUGUGUGGGAUGCACUCCAAGACUUGACCUUGAUUAUCCUUAUGGUUUGCGCUGUGAUAUCAUUAGGUGUUGGACUUGCUACAGAGGGGUGGCCAAAGGGAGUGUAUGAUGGAGCGGGAAUUCUACUUAGUAUAAUCUUGGUAGUAUUAGUUACUGCUAUUAGUGACUACAGGCAAUCUUUGCAAUUCAGAGACCUUGAUAGGGAGAAAAAAAAGAUUUCUGUUCAAGUUACAAGAAACAGACGUAGGCAACAAGUUUCUAUUUAUGACCUGGUUGUCGGUGAUGUUAUUCAUUUAGGUAUUGGCGACCAAGUUCCAGCGGAUGGGCUGUUCAUUUCAGGAUACAGCUUGCAGAUAGAUGAGUCAAGUUUGUCAGGGGAGACUGACCCGGUGGACAUAUAUGAAGAACAUCCUUUUCUUCUUUCAGGAACCAAAGUUAGAGAUGGGUCAGCAAAGAUGCUGGUUACUGCUGUUGGUAUGAGAACUGAAUGGGGGAAGUUGAUGGAAACUUUGAAUGAGGGGGGAGAAGAUGAGACCCCACUUCAGGUGAAAUUGAAUGGCGUUGCUACAAUUAUUGGUAAAAUCGGAUUGACUUUUGCUGUGCUCACUUUUUUGGUUUUAACAGUAAGGUUUCUCAUUGAGAAAGCCGUAAAAAAUGAUUUCACAAAAUGGUCUUCGACUGAUGCAUUGACGCUUCUAGACUAUUUUGCUAUUGCUGUAACUAUAAUAGUUGUUGCUGUUCCAGAAGGAUUACCAUUGGCAGUGACACUCAGCCUGGCUUUUGCAAUGAAGCAAUUAAUGGAUGAAAGGGCACUGGUCAGGCAUCUCUCCGCAUGUGAGACAAUGGGUUCUGCUAGUUGCAUCUGUACUGACAAGACAGGGACACUGACCUCAAACCAUAUGGUGGUUAAUAGGAUAUGGAUAUGUGAGAAAAUUAAAAACAUUGGUAGUAAUGAGCACAAGAACCUCGACGAGCUGGAGAUAUCUGAAAGUGUUUUAAGCAUCCUUCUGCGUGCUUUAUUCCUAAAUAGUAGUGCUGAAGUAGUGAAGGGUGAAAAUGGAAAGAACUCCAUUUUGGGAACCCCAACAGAAACAGCACUGUUGGAAUUUGGGCUUCUUUUGAGUGGUGAUCAUGAUGCAUACCGAAGACAGAUUAAGAUUCUCAAGGUUGAGCCUUUCAAUUCAGACAAGAAGAAGAUGUCUGUCUUGGUGGCUUUGCCUGACGGCAGAAUUCAAGCUUUUUGUAAAGGUGCGCCUGAAAUAGUAAUGCGAAUGUGUGAAAAGGUUGUUGAUUGCAAUGGGGAACUAGUGCAUUUAUCUGAAGAACGAGCGAGAAAUAUAACAGAGGCCAUAAAUGGCUUUGCUUCCGAUGCUCUAAGGACUCUGUGCUUGGCUGUUAAAGAUGCAGAUGAAACUUUUAAUGAGAAUAGCAUACCUGAUAGUGGCUAUACCUUGAUAGCGGUUUUUGGGAUCAAGGAUCCUGUGCGUCCUGGAGUCAAGGAAGCAGUUCAAACCUGUCUAUCUGCUGGAAUUACUGUUCGUAUGGUCACUGGUGAUAAUAUUAAUACAGCAAAAGCAAUAGCAAAAGAAUGUGGCAUUCUAACAGCAGAAGGGAAUGCCAUAGAAGGACCAGAAUUUAGUAGCAAGUCUCUUGAUGAGAUGAGGGACAUUAUACCAAAUAUUCAGGUAAUGGCACGCUCAAAGCCUUCUGAUAAGCUCAAGUUCGUAACCCAUUUGAGAAAUAUGUUUGGCGAAGUUGUAGCAGUGACUGGUGAUGGGACCAACGAUGCUCCAGCUUUGUGCCAGUCAGAUAUUGGACUUGCAAUGGGGAUAGCUGGAACGGAGGUUGCAAAAGAAAAUGCUGAUGUCAUCAUAAUGGACGAUAAUUUUGCUACUAUUGUAAAUGUAGCCAAAUGGGGACGUGCAGUAUAUAUUAACAUCCAAAAGUUUGUGCAGUUCCAGUUAACAGUUAACGUUGUAGCUCUCGUAAUAAAUUUUGUCUCCGCAUGCGUCUCAGGAUCUGCCCCUCUCACAGCUGUACAAUUGCUAUGGGUUAAUAUGAUAAUGGACACUCUUGGGGCGUUGGCAUUGGCUAUAGAGCCUCCAAAUGAUGCAUUAAUGAAAAGGCCGCCUGUCCCGAGGGGUGCAAGUUUUAUCACCAAACCGAUGUGGAGAAAUAUCAUUGGUCAAAGUAUAUAUCAACUAAUUGUACUUGGUGUUCUCAAUUUCGACGGGAAGCAGCUUUUGGGGCUUACUGGUUCAGAUGCUACCAUUGUUCUGAAUACUGUGAUAUUCAAUUCAUUUGUGUUUUGCCAGGUGUUCAAUGAAAUGAAUAGCCGUGACAUAGAGAAGAUAAAUAUAUUCCGGGGGAUGUUUAGCAGCUGGAUAUUCAUGGGGGUGAUAGUUGUGACCGUAGCAUUCCAAGUGGUGAUAGUCGAGUACCUCGGAGCAUUUGCCAGCACUGUGCCUCUGAGCUGGCAACUAUGGGUAUUUUGCAUCUUAGUUGGGUCAGUUAGCUUGAUUGUUGGUGUCAUUCUCAAGUGCAUCCCUGUCGGAAGCUCAGAUGUUAAGCCGAAACACCAUGAUGGCUAUGAUCCACUUCCCACUGGUCCAGAGAUUGCAUGACCCUCACCCCCAACCCCAAAAAAAGUAGACUUACGUUUCAUUUCUGAGGCUUUUUAUUUUUUGAAAGGAAUUGGGGUCUUGUUAAAAACCCUUCCUAACUAAAUCUAGACCGAAACCCAAAAAUUUUGAACAGCUUAGGGAGGAGAUUAACUAAGUUCAUAUAAAAUAUCACCUUCGUGUUUAAAAUUUUAAAA